UCCCCACCGUUCAAUCUCUGCAUCCAACGGCUCAGGAAGCAUCGUCCCUGUCCUUAUCACCUCUGUUCACUUCACCUCUCUUCCAUUUCCAUUCCAUAGAAGAAAAAAAUCGCUUUCUUUACUCUGUAGAUACAUGGCUCGAAUUUGAAUUCUGCCAAAGCGGGAAGGCUAUGGUUUUCGAACUUAUCUGUUUGUAAUCUAUGAAGAAAACAGGAAUUGUGCGAGUUUCGUGCCUUUUUUGAUAGGGAAUCAGCUGUGAGUUUGAAUUGAAGCUUGAAAGUUGGGAGGAUUUUAGGGUUUUUGGUACAUUUGUAUAUUUGUGUGAAUUUCUUAGGAAUGAUUAGUGAUAACUACUCGAAAAUGCUAUCGGAUGUGGCAAUGCGAUCGGUGCCGGAGGCUGUAGAUUAUGAUUUUAGCGAAGACGUUGAAAGCACGUUGAGAGAGCAGUGGAAGCGGGUGACGGAGGGAAAUAGUCGGGAGGUGGAGCGGGAGCGGGAGCUUAGUGCUUUGAGGAGUGGUUCCGCUCCCCCGACGGUGGAGGGUUCUCGGAGCAGUUUCGGCUGCAGUCAUGGGCAUGGAGUUUCAGAGGAGGAGUUGCGGGUGAGGUCGGAUCCGGAGUACAUUUCAUACUACUACAAGAAUGUGAAUCUGAACCCUCGGCUUCCUCCGCCGCUGCUGUCCAAGGAGGACUUGCCUCUUGCACGGAAAGAUUGGAGAGCAGAUGGGCUCAUAGGAUUGCCAGGAUUGGGUUUAGGGCGUCAGCGGAAGAGCAUAGCUGAGGUGAUUCAGGAUGAUAUAAGUUUCCCAACAUCUACUUCAGAACAUGCAUCCCAUCAAUCUCAUAGUCGCAUAGCUGAUGUUGCUGAGGGUUCUGAGUAUCAAUUAGCUCAUUCGCCCAGAAAUGUUGUUUCAUCUGGUUGUCCCCUCAGUUAUGCUUCUGCAUUGGGUGCUUCACCAUUCAGAAGUAACACCACAAAUGGUCAACGUAUUGCUAGAGAAUCUAGUCCAUGCAUUCCACCAAUUGGAGGAGGGAUGGUUAACUCUCUAGAAAACCCAAUUAUUCCAAACUUGUCAAAUGACAUUUCAGCCUCUAAGACUGAUGCAUCAGACUUGGUUUCUGCGUUUUCUGGCAUGAGUCUGUCCGUUAAUGACAUGGUAGUAGAUGGAAGGAAUAAUCAAAAGCGUCAGAUGCAUCGCCAAGUCGACAAUCGACGGAGUUUCUCUAAUUUUCCUAAUGAAAAGAACCAUGUUAGCGAACACAUACCGUUUUCUGGUUAUGGUACGAGUCCUCAGUCACCACCCUUGUUGAAAACUCAGCGUGGAGUUUUUAAUUUGCCUAAUUCAUAUGAUGCUAGUUUUUAUGGGUCAGAGAUUGGUGCGUCUAGAGUUAAUUUUAAAGAAUUUGGAGGUGGCUUGAACAUGGAGCCUAGUUUUUUACCUUCUCCAAAAGAGUUGCAGAAUAUUUCUAGAGUUGGGAAUCUGAGCUUUGGGGGUUCAGUUCAAAAUCACCCAAUGGACCACUUAGAUAUUCAGUCAUUGAGAUCAAGUGAAUUAGCUGCUGCUCGGGUUGCUGCCUUCAACCGGGCAGCUCAAGGAAGUUCCCAUAUGGAUUUGCUUGAACUUCAGAAAGCCUAUGUAAGUGCGUUGCUUUCCUCACAGAGAUCACAAUUUGGCCCUCCCUGCUUUAGCCAAAAUAUUGGCUUAGAUCAUCAGGGUUACUAUGGUAUAUAUCCUCGUAGCCCAUUGGCAGGUCAAGUCUUUCCGAGUUCCUCUUAUGGACUUGGCACUCCUUUCAGGAGGAGUGGGGAAAGGGACAUGCAUUAUCCACCAGGGAUGCAAAAUAUAGCUGGUGGUGCAAUGGAAGUGUGGCAGUAUGAUCCAGCCUCUAAUAUCGGGGGAAAUUUUGCUUCCUCAUUGUUAGAGGAGUUUAAAUUAAACAAAACUAGAUGUUUUGCAUUAUCAGAGAUUGACGGCCAUGUUAUUGAGUUCAGUGCUGAUCAGUAUGGAAGUAGGUUCAUUCAACAAAAACUUGAAACUGCUACUGUAGAAGAAAAAAAUAUGGUUUUUGUUGAAAUUAUGCCUCAAGCUCUAUCCUUAAUGACUGAUGUGUUUGGUAAUUAUGUGGUUCAAAAGUUCCUUGAACUUGGAAGUGCAUCUCAGAUUAGAGCAAUGGCUGACAAACUGACAGGGCAUGUUCUGGACCUUAGCCUUCAAAUGUAUGGCUGCCGAGUCAUCCAAAAGGCUAUAGAGGUGGUUGAGCUGGACCAAAAGACUGCUAUGGUUUCAGAGCUUGAUGGACACGUUAUGCGCUGUGUUCGCGAUCAAAAUGGGAAUCAUGUAAUCCAAAAGUGCAUUGAAUGCGUUCCAGAAGAUACUAUUCAGUUUAUGGUCACUAAGUUUUAUGAUCAAGUUGUGACAUUGUCAACCCACCCAUAUGGCUGUCGGGUAAUUCAGAGAGUCCUGGAACAUUGCCAUAGUCUUCAAACCCAAAGCAAAGUGAUGCAUGAGAUUUUGCAAUCGGUUUGCAUGUUGGCACAAGAUCAAUAUGGGAAUUAUGUUGUUCAGCAUGUACUAGUGCAUGGAAGGCCAGAUCAAAGGUCAGUUAUAAUUGAUAAAAUGAUUGGAAAUUUAUUUCAAAUGAGCCAACAAAAGUAUGCCUCCAAUGUUGUGGAGAAAUGCUUAACUUAUGGAACGCCAGAGGAGCGUCAGCUCUUGGUGAACGAGAUUCUUGGCUCAAGCGACAAAAAUGACCCUCUUCAGGUGUUGAUGAAAGAUCAAUUUGCAAACUAUGUUGUGCAAAAAGUGCUGGAAACUUGUGAUGACCAUCAGCUCGAACUGAUCUUGGACCGGAUAAAGGUUCACUUGAAUGUCCUGAAGAAAUAUACCUACGGAAAGCAUAUAGUCGCCCGUGUAGAGAAACUCGUUGCAGCUGGAGAGAGGAGGAUAGAGUUUCUCUCAUCAUACUCUGCAGCUCAGAUGGCUUAGGAAGGAAACUGUACAGGUAAAAGUAGAGGACAAUGACUAUGGAAGAAUGUCUUUUCUUGGGUUUUUCUAAUACUCUAAAAAUGUUCAGGUUUUAGACAGGACUAUAGUCUAACUCAUGAGAUCUGAUUGUAACAUCUAAAAUCAAUACUAAAAUUGGCUCAGAGGGACAGUAAAACAGUCUAUGGUCCUUACAAGGGGGGGAGCUUAAAAGGUAUAUUUGUAAUAGUUUAAUUUUAAGGCUGUAAAAAUAAGUGGUAGUAGGAAAAAAAAAGAGUUUUACAUGGCUUUAUGUCUGUCUGUGACUGUAAAGAAAAGGCUUUUACCUGA